AUGGUUCGGUUUAAAAAUAGAUAUGUUACUGUUGAAAUAGACUGUCCAAUGAUUCCUGAUAAUAAACCAUUGCAUCUGAAACCUAAGAUAUUCCAUGACACUGUUAUGAAUAAGAUCCAACAAUUGCAUGGUGAUUUUGGUGUAGCUGCUAUAACAACUGGCUUUUUGACAAAGUACUGCAAUGAAACCACUAGAAUAGCCAUUAUAAGAUCAAGACAUGGACCUCAUAAAUUUGUAAUAAGUAGUUUACCGUUUAUAACACAGAUUGGCAAAUUACAUGUUAAAUUAAAAACACUUCAUGUGGGAGCAACACUUAAACAUAGUUUUAAAUUUAUACAAAAACACCAAAGAAUGUAUUUAGAUUGUAUGUGGUCUAAGUUAAGAACAGAUGAAGAAAGACAAAAGUUGGAAGCAGCAGUAAUGGAUUUCACCAAAACAGAUGUUGCUAUAAAUAUAGAAAAUAUUUCAUAG